GCUGAACCAGCAGUGAAUGUGCUGUGUACUGUGCUAGUGGUGAUUCGCUCGUACAUUUUAUACGUACGCAAAAAUACCUAAUUUCUUUUUCUUUAUUUUUUCACGAUAUUUUCAAAAUAAGUAUUAAACACAAUUUCAUACAAGAAAGUCACAAUGAUAUCGAACGUAAAUAAUUUUUUUAACGGUAAAACUGUGCUCAUCACCGGUGGAACUGGAUUCAUUGGUGCUUGUUUGAUAGAGAAACUAUUGAGAUCCGUUCCUGAUUUGCAAACCAUUGAGAUAAAUGAAAGAUUGGAGGAACUUAAAAAGAAUUCGGUAUUUAACAAAUUAAAAGAAGAAAAUAAAUUAGAUCUCCUUAAAAAAUUGAUUGCUGUAGCUGGUGACGUGGGAGAAGAAAAUCUUGGCUUAUCAACUACAGAUAGAUUCACUCUUAUUGAGGAUGUUCAAAUUGUUUUUCAUUGUGCAGCAACAUUAGAGUUUGUAGCAGAUUUAAAAUCUACCACAAAUAUUAAUUUAUUGGGUACACGUAGAGUUGUACAGCUUUGUCAAGAAAUAAGAGAUCUCAAGGCUCUGGUACAUAUUUCUAGUGCAUAUGUAAAUUCAAUGUUAAAUGAAGUAGAAGAACGUAUAUAUCCAGCACCAUUCGAUGUGAAUGAAUUACUCACAUUGGUUGAAAAAUUGGAUAAUGAUACAUUACUAGUAGAAACACCGAAUAUACUAAAAGAUCAUCCAAAUACUUACACAUUUACAAAACAUUUAGCUGAACAUGAAGUUCAAAAUGGUCGUGUUCCUGCUGCAAUUGUGCGUCCUUCCAUGGUAACAGCAGCAUGGAAGGAACCAGUCCCUGGGUGGACAACAUCAAAGAAUGGUCCACAAGGAUUUCUAAUGGGUGCUAGCAAAGGUGUCAUAAGAAGAUUACCAAUUGCAAAAAAUUUAAUUUAUGAUUACAUUCCAGUAGAUAUUGUUGUGAAUAAUCUUAUUGUUGCAGCUUAUGCAGUUGAUCAAGAUAGUCAAAAAGAAUUGAAGCUGUAUCAUUGUACAUCUAGUACAAGUAAUCCUUUUAAAUGGGUUUCUGUGGAAUCAAAAAUCAAUUCUUAUUUACAUAGAUAUCCAUUACAAAGUGCUGUUUGGUAUCCGCAUCUUAAAUUUGUAUCUUCGAUUUUCUUAUUUAAGCUCUCUGCAAUUUUUGUACAUUUCAUUCCAGCAUAUAUCUUAGAUACGAUUACAAAACUAGCUGGUGGAAGACCAAUUUUGGUACGAAUGCACAGGAAUGUUAACAAUUCAUUGGAUCGUUUGAAAAAAUUUAUCUUUACUGAAUGGAAAUUUUAUAACACUCACCAGAUUGAGUUAUAUGAUUCAUUAUCAGAGCUUGAUAAGAAGCUCUUUAGUUUAGAUAUUAAGCCAAUGGUAUGGGAAGAUUACUUCAGUGACUUAACACAAGGAGUCAGAACAUAUUUGAAUAAUGAAUCACCUAAAACAUUACCAAAAGCACAUUCCAAAGACAAAAUAUUAUUGGUUGCCCACUUGGGUCUACAAGCUGCAUUGUUAGCUCUUGUUUGGUGGCUGGUCAGAACUAUUUUUGCAACGCUUCCGGAAAUGGCAUCACACGUACCAUCGAUGUCUGAGUGGUUUCAAGGCCGAAAUGUUUUCGUUACUGGUGGCACUGGAUUCAUGGGGAAGGUUUUAAUUUAUAAACUAUUGGUUAGCUGCCAUGACCUUGGAAACAUCUUUGUGUUGAUCAGAAAAAAAAAGGAGGUUGAUCCACAGUCCAGAUUGCAGCUUCUGAUGCAGGAAAACCCAUUCAAACUUAUAAAGGAAAAGUAUCCUGAGAGACUAAAGAAGAUCAUAUUAAUACCCGGAGACACUACAUUCGAAGAUCUUGCUUUAUCUACUGCCGAUAAGCAGAGACUAAUGAAAGAAGUUUCAGUCGUUUUCCACGUAGCAGCAAACGUUAAAUUCGAUUUAACAUUAAAGGAGGCGAUAACGAUAAAUACUGUAGGCACCAUGAAUGUGAUAAAUCUUGUAAAACAGAUGCCGCAUUUACAAUCAUUCAUCCACGUAUCUACUUCAUAUUGCCACUGCAGUGAACGAGUACUCGAAGAACGAAGUUAUCCAUGCUCAGUAGAACCCGAAAAGGUUAUUGAAAUAACAAAUAGUAUGACAGAUGACUUUUUGAAAAUUAUAACACCAAAAAUGUUAAAUGGAUUACCGAACACCUACGCCUUUAGUAAAGCACUUAGUGAGGAUUUGGUGCAAAGAUGUGGUCUGCCUGCAGGCGUUGCAAGACCUUCCAUUGUAUGUGCAUCAUGGAAAGAACCAGUACCUGGUUGGAUUGAAAAUAUGAAUGGACCAACAGGUAUAAUGAUAGGUGCAGGAAAAGGAGUAAUCCGAACAGUGCUCUGCAAUUACAAUUACUUAUUGAAUGUAAUUCCCUGUGACAUGGCGAUUAAUGCGAUUAUCGGAUUGGCACGGAAAGUAGGGAUGGAAAAACCUGAAAAACCAAUAUUUAUGAAUAUUACUAAUGGAUCUGAAAACCCAAUUUCUUGGGGUUUCGCUGUAAACGCUGGAAAGAAAUAUGCCAUAAGAUACCCAUUUACAGGUCUACUUUGGUAUCCAGGUGGAAGUGUCACUACGUUAAAAUUUUAUCAUUGGUUGCGUGUGAUCUUCUUCCACCUUAUACCUGCAUAUAUCCUAGAUACUAUAAUUGCUCUAUCUGGAAACAAACCGUUUUUGGUAAGGGUGCAUCACAGAAUUAACACUGGUAUUGAAUUACUGCAAUAUUAUACUACCAAAGAAUGGGAAUUUCGAAACGAUCGUAUGAAAGAAUUGCAGUCUGAAAUGAAUUCCUUCGACAGAGAAGAAUUCUUUAUGGAUACGAAAGCCAUAUCCUGGGACAGUUACUUGUUACGAUACGUAUUAGGCGCUAGACACUAUUGUCUGAAAGACGAUCCUUCUACUAUUCCACGUGCACGAAAAGUACUUAGGUAUCUGUAUUUCGCCGAUUGGUUUGUCAAAAUUAGCUUCACAAUUCUCUUUGUGUGGCUUGUUUAUUCUUGGAUAAUUCCAUUUCAAAAAUUACCCGCGACCGUACUUGAAAGUAACGAAAUUUAGCAGUAUUUUCAAGUUACU